AAGAGGCCUUUGAGGAGAAUUAUGGCUUUGGUGCAUUGAAACCCAUCAGACGAUUUGCUCUGCUCUGAUCCUGCCCACCCUCCCUGGCCCCUGAUCACAGGAUGAGAGGAUGGCAAGCCCACCUGUGCCCACGCUUGUGCCCCCUGGACCCAACUGCCUGCGUCCCUUCACUCCUGAGUCCCUGCAGGCCAUAGAGAAGCGGGCAAUAGAGGAGGAGGCAAAACUCCUUCGGAACAAGCAGCUUGAGGUUGAGGAGUCAGAAAGGAAGCCACGAAGUGACCUGGAAGCAGGGAAGAAUCUGCCCCUCAUCUAUGGAGACCCUCCACCUGAGCUCAUCGGCAUCCCACUGGAGGAUCUGGAUCCCUACUACAGUGACAAGAAGACCUUCAUCGUGUUGAACAAGGGGAAGUCCAUUUUCCGAUUCUCAGCCACCCCAGCCCUGUAUAUGCUGAGCCCCUUCAGUAAGAUAAGGCGUGGGGCCAUCAAAGUUCUCAUCCACUCGUUGUUCAGCUUAUUCAUCAUGAUCACCAUCCUGGCAAACUGUGUGUUCAUGACUAUGAGUGACCCCCCACCUUGGUCCAAAAAUGUGGAGUACACUUUUACAGGAAUCUACACCUUUGAGUCUCUCAUCAAGAUGCUUGCCCGAGGCUUCUGCAUUGAUGACUUCACAUUCCUCCGGGACCCCUGGAACUGGCUAGACUUCAGUGUCAUCAUGAUGGCGUACCUGACAGAGUUUGUGGACAUGGGCAACAUCUCAGCCCUGAGGACCUUCCGUGUGCUUCGAGCCCUGAAGACUAUAACAGUCAUUCCAGGACUGAAGACGAUCGUAGGGGCACUGAUCCAGUCGGUGAAGAAGCUGUCGGAUGUGAUGAUCCUCACAGUCUUUUGCCUGAGUGUCUUUGCCUUAGUUGGGCUGCAGCUCUUCAUGGGGAAUCUGAGGCACAAAUGUGUGAAAUGGCCACCCCCCUUCAGUGGCAUCAAUGAGACUUGGUAUGACAACGGGACGGCGUUGUUCAGCAAUGAGACGGGUUUUGGUAAUGAGACAGGAUACAGCAACUUUACCUUUGACUGGGAUGCCUACAUCAAUGAUGAAGGGAACUUCUAUUUCCUGGAUGGUGCCCUUGAUGCCUUGCUCUGUGGGAACAGCAGUGAUGCAGGGCACUGUCCUGAGGGCUACGAGUGCAUGAAGGCAGGCAGGAAUCCCAACUAUGGUUACACCAGUUAUGAUACCUUCAGCUGGGCCUUCCUUGCCCUCUUCCGACUCAUGACACAAGACUAUUGGGAGAACCUCUUCCAGCUGACCCUUCGGGCGGCUGGCAAGACCUACAUGAUCUUCUUUGUAGUCAUCAUCUUCCUGGGCUCCUUCUAUCUCAUCAACCUCAUCCUGGCGGUGGUGGCCAUGGCCUACGCGGAGCAGAAUGAUGCCACCCUGGCAGAGGAGCAGGAGAAGGAGGAGGAGUUCCGACAGAUGCUAGAGAAACUCAAGAAGCACCAGGAGGAACAGGAGAAACUGGCUCAAGCAGCCCUGGAGAGUGGUGAGGGAGAUGGGGACCAGAUGCAGGGGAAGGAUUGCAAUGGUGGCCUGGAUACAGAAGAGUCCCGAAGGAGACCAUCCCAGAACCCCCAAAGACAGAGCUGCAGCAUGGAAAGCGCCGUCUCGGAUGCCAUGGAAGAGUUGGAGGAGGCCCAUCAGAAGUGCCCACCAUGGUGGUACAAGUGUGCCCAUACACUGUUGGUGUGGAAUUGCUGUGCUCCAUGGGUGAAGCUAAAGAAGAUUGUAUACCUGAUUGUCAUGGACCCCUUUGUGGACCUGGGCAUCACCAUCUGCAUUGUGCUCAACACAGUCUUCAUGGCCAUGGAGCAUUACCCCAUGACUCCCCAGUUUGAGCAUGUGCUCUCUGUGGGCAACCUGGUUUUCACAGGUAUCUUCACCGCAGAGAUGGUGCUGAAGCUGAUUGCAAUGGAUCCCUAUGAGUACUUCCAGCAGGGAUGGAACAUCUUUGACAGUUUUAUUGUCACCUUGAGCCUGGUAGAGCUGGGACUGGCCAAUGUACAAGGGCUCUCUGUGCUUCGAUCUUUCCGUUUGAUGAGAGUCUUCAAACUGGCCAAGUCCUGGCCCACAUUGAAUAUGCUCAUCAAGAUCAUUGGCAACUCAGUGGGGGCCUUGGGAAACCUGACGCUGGUGUUGGCCAUCAUCGUCUUUAUCUUCGCUGUGGUGGGCAUGCAACUCUUUGGGAAGAGCUACAAGGACUGCGUGUGUAAGAUUAAUUCCAGCUGCACCCUGCCACGCUGGCACAUGCAUGACUUCUUCCACUCCUUCCUCAUUGUUUUUCGCAUCCUGUGUGGCGAGUGGAUUGAAACCAUGUGGGAUUGUAUGGAGGUGGCCGGUCAGCCCAUGUGCCUCACCGUCUUUCUCAUGGUUAUGGUCAUCGGGAACCUUGUGGUCCUGAAUCUGUUCCUUGCCCUGCUCCUGAGCUCCUUCAGUGCUGACAGCCUGGCAGCCUCAGACGACGAUGGCGAGAUGAACAACCUUCAAAUCGCCAUCGGUCGCAUCUCCUGGGGCAUUGAUUAUGCUAAGGCCUUCUCCCUGGCCCUCUUACACGGUCAGAUCCUGGCUCCUGGGGACAUGAAGCAGGGACCUGAGAAGGCUGAGGAGGGGGAAGGUGGAGACGAAGAGAAGAAGCAGCAGCAGCAGCAGCAAGAGGAAGAGGAAGAGUUAAAGAAGGACAACCACAUCCUGAACCACAUUGAUGUGGUGGAAUGCCCACCAACUAGUAUUGAACUUGACCACAUGAACUUCAUCAACAACCCAUACUUGACAGUGCAGGUGCCCAUCGCUUCUGAGGAGUCUGACCUCGAGAUGCCCACAGAGGAGGAAACAGACACAUUUUCUGAGGCUGAAGAGAUUAAGAAGCCACCACCCCACAAGAGUGAUGGGAACUCGUCGGUAUGCAGCACCGCCGACUACAAACCACCUGAGGGAGAAGAGCAGCCCCAGGAAGAGGAGAACCCUGAAGGAGAGCUCCCUGAGGAGUGUUUCACUGAGGCUUGUGUAAAGAGAUUCCCUUUCCUCUAUGUUGACAUCACCUCGGAUCGGGGGAAAAUAUGGUGGAACCUUCGAAAAGCUUGCUUCAGGAUGGUGGAGCACAAUUGGUUUGAGACAUUUAUUGUGUUCAUGAUCCUACUCAGCAGUGGGGCCUUGGCAUUUGAAGACAUCUACAUUGAGCAACGGAAGGUGAUCCGGACGAUCCUAGAGUACGCGGACAAGGUCUUCUCCUAUGUAUUCGUCUUAGAGAUGCUGCUCAAGUGGGUGGCUUAUGGCUUUAAGGUGUAUUUCACCAAUGCCUGGUGCUGGCUUGACUUCCUCAUUGUAGAUGUCUCCAUCAUCAGCCUGGUGGCCAAUUGGUUGGGCUAUUCUGAACUUGGGCCCAUCAAGUCACUCCGAACACUUCGGGCACUCAGGCCACUCCGGGCCCUGUCCAGAUUUGAAGGCAUGAGGGUGGUGGUGAACGCCCUUCUGGGCGCCAUCCCCUCUAUCAUGAAUGUAUUGCUCGUCUGCCUGAUCUUCUGGCUCAUCUUCAGCAUCAUGGGGGUCAACCUGUUUGCAGGGAAGUAUUACCGAUGCAUCAACACCACCACCUCAGAGAUUUUUGACAUCUCUGUUGUCAACAACAUGUCAGACUGCUUCAAACUGAUGGAUACCGGGGAGGUCCGAUGGGUCAAUGUCAAGGUCAACUUUGACAAUGUGGGCCUUGGCUACCUCUCACUUCUGCAGGUGGCUACUUUCAAGGGCUGGAUGGAUAUCAUGUAUGCAGCUGUAGAUUCCCGAGAGGUUGAAGAACAACCCCAGUAUGAGGUGAAUAUCUAUAUGUACAUCUACUUUGUCCUCUUCAUCAUCUUUGGCGCAUUCUUCACCCUCAAUCUCUUCAUUGGAGUCAUCAUUGACAACUUCAACCAGCAAAAAAAGAAGUUUGGAGGAAAGGACAUCUUCAUGACAGAGGAACAGAAAAAAUACUAUAAUGCCAUGAAAAAACUGGGUUCCAAGAAGCCGCAGAAGCCAAUUCCUCGACCUCAGAACAAGAUUCAGGGCAUGGUGUAUGACUUUGUGACCAAGCAAGCAUUUGACAUCACGAUCAUGUUCUUGAUCUGUCUCAACAUGGUCACCAUGAUGGUAGAGACAGAUGACCAGAGCCAGCUCAAGAUUGACAUCCUUUACAACAUCAACAUGGUCUUCAUCAUCAUCUUCACAGGCGAGUGCGUGCUCAAGAUGCUAGCGCUGCGUCAAUACUACUUCACUGUUGGCUGGAACAUCUUUGACUUCGUGGUGGUGAUCCUCUCCAUUGUGGGCCUUGCCCUUUCUGACUUGAUCCAGAAAUACUUUGUUUCACCCACACUGUUCCGAGUGAUUCGUCUGGCUCGGAUAGGGCGCGUCCUGAGGCUGAUUCGAGGUGCCAAGGGUAUCCGGACCUUGCUCUUUGCCCUCAUGAUGUCUCUGCCUGCCCUCUUCAACAUUGGCCUACUUCUCUUCCUCGUCAUGUUUAUCUAUUCCAUCUUUGGCAUGUCCAACUUUGCCUAUGUGAAGAAAGAAUCUGGCAUUGAUGACAUUUUCAACUUUGAGACCUUUGGCAACAGCAUCAUUUGCCUUUUCCAGAUCACUACCUCAGCUGGCUGGGAUGGGCUUCUGAACCCCAUCCUUAACAGUGGGCCCCCUGACUGUGACCCCGAUCUGGAGAACCCUGGCAGCAGUGUUAAGGGUGAUUGUGGCAACCCUUCCAUAGGCAUCUGCUUCUUCUGCAGCUACAUCAUCAUCUCCUUCCUCAUUGUUGUAAACAUGUACAUCGCCAUCAUUCUGGAGAACUUCAACGUGGCUACUGAGGAGAGCAGUGAGCCAUUGGGGGAGGAUGACUUUGAGAUGUUCUAUGAGACAUGGGAGAAGUUUGACCCAGAUGCCACACAGUUCAUUGACUACAGUCGCCUCUCUGACUUUGUGGACACUCUACAGGAGCCGCUGAGGAUUGCCAAACCCAACAAGAUCAAACUCAUCACUCUAGAUCUUCCUAUGGUCCCUGGAGACAAGAUUCACUGCCUAGACAUACUCUUUGCUCUAACUAAAGAGGUUCUAGGGGACUCCGGUGAGAUGGAUGCCCUCAAGCAGACCAUGGAGGAAAAAUUCAUGGCGGCCAACCCCUCCAAGGUCUCCUAUGAACCUAUCACCACUACACUGAAGAGGAAGCACGAGGAGGUAUGUGCUAUGAAGAUCCAGAGAGCCUACCGCCGGCAUCUACUGAGGCGUUCAGUGAAGCAGGCCUCUUAUCUCUACCGGCAUAGUGGAGACAGUAGUGGGUUUGAGGCCCCAGAGAAGGAGGGGCUGAUUGCAGAUACCAUGAACAAGAUGUAUGGGAACAACAGCUCCCAGAAAGAAGAGGAUAAAGCAACAGGGGAGGCUGGCCCUGCCCUGGGUCUCAAGCCCAUUGAUGCUCCAGACUCAAGCCAGUCAUCCCCAGAGCCACAGGGGCACCGAGUACGCCCAGGAGUCAAGGAGUCACUUGUCUAAUAAGAUGGGGAUAGAUAUUUCCUUCAGUGGGCUCUGCCCCAGGUGGGCUCCCCUGUUGAACCCUGUACUCCAGCCUAUAGGUUUUAGUUGUGUGAUGGAGGCAUGCUUUGAGACGGGGUGUUGCCCAAAUCCAUCUUGGUGGGAAAGAUUUGGCCAUUCGGGGGCUCACCCUAGAAUCCAGAGACCUUUCUCCCAAUCUUGCACAGUCCAUGUGAAAUGUGAAUUGUCUACUGCUGGCUGAAAGAACCAUAAAAGCCUCAAGAGUUGGGGUGAGGAACUUGAGUGUCUGUCUGUCCAUCUGUCUCUCCUCAGUUUCUCCUAUUAGUCAUUGAGGCUCUUCUAUCUCUCCCUCCUGGGGGCUGCCAUAUAUCUCCUCUCUGCCCAGGGGCUUUAGGACCUGAUUGCUUUCUUCAGGCAUUCACUCCAUGGCCAGUCACAUACAACCUAAAGCCCCCACAAGCCAUACUCAGCCCUCACAACCAAUCAGCUGAGCUCACAUCUCCAGUGUCUUAAGGGCUGCCUAGCCCCCUUUCCCCAGAGGAAUUCAGCCACCCACCCCUCUCAGAAGAGAAUGAUGUCUUAAAAGUCGAGUCCAUGGGGAGCACCAUCUCUGGGGCCCAUGCCAGCUCCAAGCAUCUUCUAAACCUGGCCAGCACCCCCCACCAGCUACAGAACUCCCUGGAAAGAUGAUUCAUCAGAAAUCUUAUUGGUACUGACACAGCCUCACAAACAACUCUGACAUUUGGACCACCAAGUCAUCAGUUAGGAGGAGGUGGAUCACAGGGACUUCCAUUUGGUGAUCCUGCUGAGACUUGUCUUCCUGGUCCCUCUCCAAAUUGGCCAUAUCCCCUUGGGAGCAGAUAUAAAUAAGGAUAUGAUUUUGGAAUUUUAUUUUUCUAUGAAAUAUGGUUGACCAGGCGUCAAGAUCUGCAACUGUGUUAUGUGCCAGCUGUGCAGAUAACAUAAACAUGGCUAAAGUGUAAAGUUCUUUGCUGGGGUUGUCCAGACUGUGUAGGACGAGGAAGGAGUUUCUGUUAUUGGGGGAAGGGAUUUGGGGGUGGGUAUUAGAAGAGCAGGCUAAAGCCCACCCCACUCUAGAAAACUACAUUCUCUUUUCUCCUUCAAGACCUAGAGAUUGUCUCUCUCUUACACCCUCUCCACCCACUACCCCACCUCUUUCAUUCUACCAUUUCCCUAAGGGCAAGAGAUCCUAGGAAUAGAAAUGAUUAAUCCCAUUUCUAUAAAUGAGGACAGUGAAGGCCUAGUGAGUAGUACCUUAAAAGCCCCUAAAGGGAUUCAAGUAUUCUGGUCCCAAGUGCUAGGAGCCAUACCCUUGACAACCUGCAAGCUUGAGGCAAAAGGCACCUCAACUGUCAUCCCGGCUGAUCUGGAGAUAGUCACUAGAGCUCUGCCCUGGUUACCCCCCCAAGAGAUCAGGGAGAAGGUUCCAAAGCCAGAGAGGGAAUCUGAGAGGCUGCUCAGGGAAUGAUUUGUUUCAGACAUACUUCCCUCUGUGUGUAUGUGUGUUUAUAUAUGUAUGCAUGUAUGUGUGGGCACAUACAUGAUAUGUUUGUCUGGUGGCUGGGCCUCAUGUUUGUCAGUUUGAGAACUAGAUUGUCCCAAGUUCCUCUUCUUCUUCUCAUUUCUCGUGAACAAUUUGACUAAAGUUCAGGAAACCGUAAAACCUUCAAAACAAGAGCAGUGUGUGUGUGUGUGUGUGUGUGUGUGUGUGUGUGUGUGUGUGUGUGGAUAAGCAUGAACACUCAUUGCUCACCUCUCUGGCAUUGGGUCUCUCUCCAUCUCUCCAUCUCUGGAUCUCUCAGCAUCUCUAGGCAUCUCUUUGCCACUCCAUAACAGGUCUCUAUGACUGUGUGUCUCCCUUAUCUCUCCUACUCUCUACUUUUUGUGUUUCUCUUCAAUCCUUUGCAUAUUUUUCUGUCUCUUUCCCUUCUGUUUUUCUGUGCCUGUGUCUGAUUCUCCCCUUUGCCUCUUUCCAUCUGUCUCUGUCUCAUCUAUUUUUUCACUGUGUUCAUUCAAAUAGUAGGGCUUCUCUCUGUCCACCAUCCUGGCCAGCCCUACUCUCCUUCCCUGGGCCCUAGGGCUUGAAAAUUUCUCUUGAAGUGACAGAAAAUUCUUAGACUGGAAGCCUUCUGUCUGUGUGGCUAAGAUUGAUUCUCUGUGUAUGUGUCGUGAAAGGGGUUGGAAUCCUAACCUUUCCCCCAAUUCUGGGCCUAGCCCUCUCCUCUCAACCCCUCUGAAGUUCAGACUCUCCUUUCCCUCCCCUGCCCCACCACACCCCCGCCACACAUACAUUGGGCAAAGCAGGAUUGUUGACCAUUGGGAACAGGAGUGUCCCUAGGGCGGGAACUGCCUUGAAUGGGCCCUAUGAGCUGGGUGGGGGUGAUGCAGCUGCUCUGAGCCAAGUAAGGAGAAGCCUGUUUCCUUUGUAUAUUUCUUACAAUAAACAUCAACCCAAACCA